CAACGACCAACGACUUUUGAGAAAAAAUAGUCGCUGGAGGUGAAUAAAGUUAUUAAUAAUAAUAUAAUAAUAUAAAUUUUUUAAUUAUUAUUUAUUUCUAGUAGUGAGCAGAUCUUUGAUUCUAACGUAUUAGUCGUCAUCAAUCUAAUCAGAUUAGUUGAAUUUGGGUAACAAUAUGCCUAAAAACAAAUCAAGGAAGGAGGAAGACUCUGAUUCAGACUCAGGACCUGAUGAUAAGGUACCAGCCAAGAAGUCAAAAUCUAAUUCUAAAAGUAGUAAGUCGGAGAGCGCGUCCACAGAAGAAAAUUCAUGGAGUUUAGGAAAGAAUCGCUUUGUGAAACUUACUGAAUUCAAGAACAAAUGGUAUAUAGACGUUCGUGAAUACUAUACUAAUAAUGAUGGUGAUAUGAAGCCUGGCAGGAAAGGUAUCAUGCUCACUAUGGAUCAGUGGCAAAAAUUCAAGGACUGCAUAGGCGAGAUUGAUGAUGCUAUUAAGGAGAAUGUUUAGCUUAAAAUGUUAUAAUUAGUUUUGUCAUUCUGAUGUUUUCCCCAAUUAUUUGAAACUAUGUUCGUGUUUUCAAAAUAAUAUUACAGUUGAUAUAUUUCUUAACUGAGAUAUUUCGGGUUCUCUAUUUGAUACCCGAUAAUAUGGUGUGCAUAUAACGGCACCCGAAUAUUAUUAUUUCAAUGUGAGUUACGUCUGGUGCGAAAUGUUCAUGUAGUUUUUCAUCAGAUGGUUAUGGUCUCAGUCAAUUCAAAUUGACCUCAUUAAGAUUUAUUUUAUGUCAGCAGAUAGGUAACACCUUGAAAUGAUAAUUUGCAUAUUGGAACUUGACUUUUUCAGUCAUGAACGAUCGAAGAACCUGUGGGUCAGUUAUAUUCAAUUCAUCAUUCCAAUUGAAAAAUGCCGAUAUUGUAAAAUAUGAAAAGCAAAUAUAACAUUUGUAUGUUGAAGUCUUUUCAAAGCACUUUUCUCCAAUAAAUCAUGAUCAGAUAUCAGAUGCAUUUAUUUCGAUUUCUACGCUACUGAGUUGUUUGUUUCUUUCCUAUGUUCAAAAUGUAGCAUCUGAAACUAAUGUUUUUGAGGCUAUAGCUAGUGUUUUUUCAGGAUUUAAGCAAAAAUGUUUUUGUAAUUUUAUGUAUCAAUAAAUUUAAGUUUAUGUUCUAUU